AUGCUUUUUCAUAUAUCUUCCACAGGUGGGUUAUUAAGCUAUUUUUCGGGCCUGUUUGGCACUAAGGAACGGCGCAUCCUCAUACUGGGGCUAGACGGAGCUGGGAAGACAACAAUCUUGUACAGGUUACAAAUGAUAAUGACUUCUCUAACCUUGAAAGUUGCUAAUUGUUCGAAUGUGUUCCGUGCUUCUGCAGCAAUUGGCUUCAAUGUUGAGACAGUCACUUAUAAAAAUCUCAAGUUCCAGGUCUGGGAUCUGGGAGGACAAACCAGCAUCAGGCCAUAUUGGCGUUGUUAUUACUCCAACACUGAUGCUAUUAUUUAUGUCGUGGACAGCAUGGACAGAGACCGUAUUGGUAUUAGCAAACAGGAACUUGUUUCAAUGUUGGAGGAAGACGAACUGAAGAAGUCUGUCCUGGUUGUGUUUGCAAACAAACAAGACAUAGAGGGCGCUAUGAGUGUUACAGAAGUUGCCAAUUCUCUUGGGCUUCCAGCUUUGAAGAAUAGAAAGUAUCAGAUUUUUAAGACUUCUGCUAUCAAAGGAGAGGGUUUAGAUGAGGCAAUGGAAUG